CUCCAUCAACUUAAAAUGUUUGCUCUUAGAGCAGUUUGCUUCUCUGUAGUGACAUAACCAGCUCUCUAUGUCAAUGUCUAUGACAAUGCCACUGUCUUUGGUCACAUGUCUCAACUGGGUCAGUUACCAACUGCCAUUAGGACAGUGAGGAGAGAGGACAGGGAGUUAGAGCAGAGCGAGUUAAAUAGCGAUAAAUAGAGAUAAAAACUACAAAAACUGAGGAAAAACAGUGAAGGAGGAGAGAGGCGAAGAUGGAGGUGAGGAAGAGAAGGAGUCGGAGUUUGGAUGAGGAAGGAAAGGAAGAAAAAAUGAAGAAAAUCCAUGUAGAGGAGAAGCCCAACAAUGAAGAGAGGCCGUUGGAAGACCAGAAGAAAAGCCCCAUGGAAAAGACAAGUAAAGAUAAGAGCAAAGAAAGGAAAAAGAGUGAAGAUCAGUUGGAAGAUGGGAAGAAAAGCCCCAUGGAGAAGCGGAGCAUUGAAAAUGGGGCCAAUAAAAGAAUGAGGAGUGAAGAAGGACAGUUGGAAGAUGGGAAGAAAAGCCUGAGGAAGAUCUGUGAAGAUGAGAAGAAAAGCCCCAUGGAGAAGCGGAGCAUUGAAAAUGGGACCCAUAAAAGAAGGAGGAGUGAAAAAGGACAGUUGGAAGAUGAGAAGAAAAUCAGUGAAGAUCAGAAUAAAAGAUCAAGAAGCCCGGAGGAUCCCUUGGAAGGUGGAAGCAAGCCGAAGAAACUCCGCGUGGACACCGAUAGACCUGCCCCCUUGGAUAUUAAAAACUACAGGUUUUAUUCAGAGCUGGCAAGUGGAGGUUUUGGCCAGGUGAUGUUGGCUUCGUAUGCACCGACGAAGCAGCUGGUAGCAGUCAAGAUCAUGAAGAAAAAACCAGACAAGAGCAACUUCGCCAUCAUGAUGAAGGAGGCGCGGCUGCUGAAGGUCGCAAGAGGAUGCACAUUUCUGUGCCAUUCCUACGCAGCUUUUCAAUCAGAGCUGGAAGCCUUCCUCAUUCUGGAGUACGCCAGCGGGAAGUCUCUAAUGGAAAUGAUUAAUCGCAAAGGAAAUCUGCCAAUGGGAAGAAUCAUGUUCUACACAGCAGAGAUGGUGGUCGGCCUCCAGUUCCUGCACUCUAAGGGCAUCGUUCAUCGUGAUGUGAAACCUGACAACACCUUGGUGGACAGAGACGGCCAUAUAAAGAUCUGCGACUUUGGCCUCGCCGCGGAGGGCAUCUUCGAUGAGGAAAGGACGAGUGGAGUAGCGGGAACCCCUGGAUACCGGGCGCCAGAGGUUCUAUUAAAGGCUAAUUACAACGCAGGCGUGGAUUGGUGGUCGUUUGGGAUUACCAUGUACCAAAUGGCCACGGGCCGCUUGCCAUUUUCACCAACAGGCAGUAUUGUAAGGCAGUACUAUGCUAUAGAGAAGAACAAGCCUAAUUACCCCUAUUACAUGAGCCAGGAAAUGCUGGACCUCCUGCCGAAGCUUUUGGAGAUGAAAGAGAAUAAGAGAAUUGGAGUCAAUGGAAACAUCCGGGAGCAUUCAUUCUACAGAACGGUCAUCUGGGAAGAGCUGGAGAACCGAAGAGUGAAGAGCCCCUUCCAGCCAGGAAUGCCAUCAGCAGAUGACUUCACCGAAUGCCAGCAAACAUUCUCUGCUAAUGUUCGGAAGGAAGAAACCAACCUGGAAGAUUUCUCCUAUGUGGAUCCCAACUGGGAAGGGCAGGGGUAAGGCAUUAACUGGCUCUAACAUGGGAUAACAUCGUUCAUUACUGCCUGAACUUAACAACAACCAGGGCCAAUAACAUCAUAGCGCCUAUGGCAAGCUGCGCUACUCAGCAAUCCAUCCGCCUGCGCCAGCCUGAAUCCACCAGCAACGGCGCCACCACACAGGCUUGUGUGGUGAUUAGAAAGCCGGAAAGAAGAACAGGAGUUAAGUAUUGUAGGUAUAACUUUAGUGUGUGUGUGUUUGUAUGUAUGUGUAUGUGUGUGUGUGUGUGUAUGGGUGUGUGUGUGUAUGUGUGUGUG